AUGUCACGAGAAGCACGCCCUGGCGGAAAGCCUAGGCGCCGAGCCGCACGAGCCUGUCUAUACUGCCGUACCCGAAAGGUUCGCUGUGACCUUGUUUUCCAUGGCCAUCCAUGCACAAACUGCACGCUCGAUGAAGGGGAGUGCAUUAUUCCAUUCAAGCAGCACAAGUGGCACAUGGCCAAUGCUAUCUAUCAACGGCAGAAUCAUGUACCGCCAGAAUCAACAGGUGCCGAACGGCAGAACCAGGUCCUGCCUGAGAAGCAGAACACUUUGGCAGACAAACCCAUGGAUCUCGGCCAGGCUCCGCGCCUCACAAAUGCAGAAGACCUACCAGGACUUGAAAGAUUUCUUCUCGCCUUUAACGAGGAGGAAGCAACUGGAUGUGACGAUAUAAGUGGCAAUCCUAACGCAGACUUGGACCAACCUCGAAGCAACACGACCCCUGAGGACCCCGAGGCAGACUCAUCAACGACGAGUGAGAGUAGUGCAAUCAACGAGCACAAAUUCAACUUGCCUCUCUCUCUAGCAGACUUCCAGCAAUCGAUAUUCCUGAAGGGCCUAAGCCCGAAUUCAGACAGUAGAUCAUACAAUUCCCAGCAACCUAGGGCUUCCAACUUUGUCAUAUUUUCCUCCUACUCGUUUAUCUCCGCAGACACGUUAUGGAACUUAGACAAAGAGGACAUGGCGUUUCUAGAGAAUCGAAGGUGUCUCUAUUUGCCAGCACGACCCGCAAUGGAUGAGUUUGUCCAACAGUACUUCUUGCAUGUUCAUCCUACCCUUCCCUUGAUCAACGAACAAGACUUCUGGGCAAUGUAUAAUGCCCAGCCUGUGGAGGCAAUGUCCACUGGACGCCUGUCUCUCGUUGUCGUCCAGGCCAUGAUAUUUCUCGCCUGCCCGUUCGUGCCACAAUCAGUCCUUGAUAGCCUAUCCCUUACCUCGGUGCAUCAAGCACGAGCCGAGUUCUACUCUGUUACCAAGGCGUUGUUCCACAUCGACAGGUGCAGAGAUGACGUUAGCAGCGCCCAAAGUGCCCUGAUGCUGACGUACCAUUCCCCCACCAUCUUCGACAAGACCAACAGUUACUGGCUCAGCACAGCCAUUCACUUUGCUCGGCAGGCGGGUGCUCAUAGAUACGGUGCAACUGGAGGCAACCCGAAAGGCCAGGCGGCACUGAAACGGCUAUGGUGGUGCUGUAUCCUCCGCGAUAGAAUUAUGGCUCUUAGCCUGUGGCGUCCUGUCCAAAUUGCUCUGACUGACCUUGACUUCGAUAGACUGGGUCUUCUGGAGGAUGAUGUGAGACAAGAGAUCAGAGGCUCUGCGGUAUAUGAUCCAGCCACGAAGCGUAUGUUGGCGCAGCUGGUCGGUUGUCUCUGCGAGCUCAGUGUCGUCUUGAACGACAUUCUCAUGAUCUGUUACAAUCCUACGCCGGACUCGAACGAUCCUACUCGCACUUUGACUCAGUUGAAAGAUUCCGUCUCACGACUGAGCGAGUGGCAUGACAUGGUUGUCCACAAAUUCCAGCUUCCAACAGAAGUUCCUGGUGGGCACGAGUCCCUCAGCCUUUUUACAAAUGCAAUAUUCAUAUACUACUUCACUGCGAAAGCUUGCUUAAACAAUCAUAUCCUAUACUUCCUUGGCAGAAGCGGGGGUCAAAACAACAGCCCCUACACAGUCUGGUGUGCAUCCGAAGAGCUUGGCGAGUCUCUACAGUCCAUUACCGAAAGCUUUGCCGAUCUAGAAGAACGGGACUUGGUGAGAUACUUGCCUAACACCUUCGUUCCCCUGUCACUACUACCAUUCUUGUGGCAUGUAUCCGAAGCAAAAGACACCCAGAGCCAACCUGUUAGGGGGUUUCAAGGCGAUUUUGGGGUCUAUCGCGAUGUCUUCUCAAUGUUUGCGAAGCUGUAUGAGGCAACAGAUAGUGUCCUGCAGUGUACGGGUAUAGAAGAUACGGAACCAUUACAACCUGCUCCGUGA